CGCGGUUUCAGCUCCGACUAGGUAUAUUGUUAGCCUUCUCAGGCUCCACGAAAUUGAAUCGUUAUCCACUCUUGGACUAGUCAGCGCCCCUGUGCCAUGCCUCGAACUCGGAAUAAAUUUUUAGAGUUGGAACCUGCUCGUAUCCUUUCCAUCAUCGACUACAGAUCACCUCGUGAUCUGAAUCGGUGGAGGGAUAACCAAGAGGAUUGCAGCGAUAUGAUGAAAGCCAUUUUACAAGCGCAAGAGGAGCAGAGGCCGUCAUGGUAUCAGCUGGUAGACCAUGGUAUCGCGAACAGGGUCUGUCGUGCCAUUAUAGAGUAUCCGGGUGUUCGACAAAUGCCAAUGUGGACUGGGGUUCUUGUGCCCCUCUUGGUCUUACAAAAGCCCAUGCUCAAUAGCGAACCCGCCGAUGCUGCAACAUGUGUCAUAGCAGCUUCGCUGAAGGAGCAUUGGAGGUCAAUGAUCAACCGAAUUUGGAAUGACCCUAGCUUGCUUGCCGAAGUCAAAAACGCGGACAGCAUCGACAGAGCGGUACUCGCUCGCAUCUUCCUCUCCCUGGUCCAAACAGAAGAGUUCGAAGAUCAGGACUUUGAAAACUCCUUGUACGACGAAACCGACUGUACGCUUCCAUUGUUUGUGCGUAUAUGGACGUGGUGUGUCGAUGCGACGGACGCUCGAACAAUCAUGCAGGCUAUCUCCCGACUACUAAAUACGAAGAUACAAGAGUCCAUUACCCCCAGAGAUGAACGCCUCAAAUACGAAGUCACCACAAAGAUACUCUCCCGUAUCAUUCAGGGUCUGCAGUCUGAGACCUCGUCGGAGGAUAUAGCUCUACUAUUCGAGCAUCUUCAAAACGCCAAGGGCGCAAGUCUUCCUGAAGUUCAGGCGAUUGUGAAGCAGCUAUCGUGGAUUGUACCGAAGGGAAUUUAUCUCCAGGACGCCGAGCAGAGCCGAUUCGUAGACGUUACCCCUCCGCCAGAUCGUAACAAGCUCGUUCUUCGCAGUGGCGUAGAAGACUCUGGUCCAGAGUGCGAUCAAGGCUACGAGGUUGAGGUCUUGAGCGCUCUGACACCAGAGUCCCUGCGGGAGACGCACUGGGAGCUCUAUCGUCAGCUCACUCUCUUGGAAAGGUUUUGGCGCACCAUUUUCACGUUUCCAAGGGUGGCGAGACAACAGUAUCCCAGUGUCGAAGAGAACGACAUCGUGCUCGAUAUGUUUGUGGAUGCUCUCGGACAUCAUAUUCCAUUCGCCGAUGACGCUCGGGUCAGAAGUCUGGUUGUGGCGUGGCUCAACGCCGAAAUCUUUGACAUACUUUGCGAGCUCCAUUCGCUGUAUGAUACUCACGAGGAGAUGAUGAUUCAAAGCACGUAUAGAAUCAUUCGAACGGUUCUCAGGGCCAUGGGACGCAAGUCUACUCCGAAACUUAGUCGAGCACUCCAACAGCAUCUCUCCCAGCCACGCCUCCUUCGUAAACUGCUCGAUGUCGACCUUCGUUCGUCAACAGACAUCACUGGUACUCCUGGACCCGGCAACGAAAUUAUAGUCCCCGUUCUGACAUCCAACGACUAUGCAUCUUACCGUCGGCGAACAUGGAUGGCUCUGGACAUCAUUCAUUGCCGAGAAUCCACAGGAUGUCAGAGGAGAGGAUGCACUAGCAAGGGGUUGAUGAGGUGCAAGGCGUGUUCGAAGAAUCGAUAUUGUGGCGUUCAGUGCCAGAGAAGCGAUUGGAAAGAACAUAGGUUGGUGUGUGGUCUACGGUUUCUCGUGAGAGAGCUGGACGUUACCGAGACUACUGGACAGUCAACGAAACCUAGCGUCAUGAAGGUUAUUUAUCCGAAAUAUGUGCCGAAAUAAUCCUGAGUAGAUAUCUCACGGAUAGACAGACGUAUGCCGGGUGGGCAUGCUAAAGCUUGCUUCGAUUAAACUCUCUUCGCAUCAGAAUGAAGGUGAUAGCGUACGGGAGAUUAUACUGCCUGCAUAGGGACUCUACGUCUAUCUUUUGAUACUGUAUAUGCAUCAGCAUUG